AUGCAAGGACUCGCAACCCCCGACGACUGCGACAUGUUCGGGCACAUGAGCAAUAGCAGUUAUGCCAAGACGCUCGAUAUAAUGCGCAUGCAGUUUGGCGCGGAUUUCUUCCUGACCUGGUUUUCCUCGUAUAAGGGAACCUGCCCUAUGGGGGCUGCCGACUAUUCCUUCAUAAAGGAGAUCCCGAUUAUGGGAAGGUAUGAGAUCAGGAGCACAAUAGGAGGCUGGGAUCAUAAAUGGCUAUGCGUCGUAUCAUACUUCGUCUCCUACCCCAAAAUACGCCAAUCCGGCUCUCCGGAGCAAGUCCUCACCCCUCCCGCGCCGCUGCCUGCUGCUCUCUUCCCUCCUAACGCGAUCCUGCACACC